AUGACGCCAGGCUCAGCAACUUCUGCUUCGUCAUUUGAAGAACGUACGUCAGCAUACGAUGGAAUUUCAGAUGCUAGUACUCCAGCAUCGGAUCGAGGUCUAGUGGCCAAAUCAACUAGGAUGGAAAACAUGACAAGACUGACCAAGCAACCAACGAAAAAGCUGUCGUUUUCGAGUCGAGAAUCUCUUGCGAGACGUCUUGUGGACGAUGAACACAAUCGUAACAGAAUUGCGAAACAAGAAGAUGACCUGCUACUUGAUGACUUGCUGAGCAAGAUUGUAAUCAAACCGGUGCCGUUUAUUAACGCACAGGAUGAAGCAAAAGCUUCGUCAACCUCAAUGAUCCCGAUAUCGCCUCGGUCAUUCAACUUUACACGACAGAUAGUUGUAUCACCGCGCAGGAGCAUGCGGCGUGUUGUUAUACGUCGAACUGGUGUAGAUGGACAAAUACAUGAACAAGUGCGAUAUGUGGAUGCUGAAGGACAAACUGUCCGACAAAGUGGCAACUUUUUCAGCGCUGACACUGAGACGGACGAGACGUCAGUAGUUUCUUCCGAAGAAGCGCCAGUGACUCCUGCUGUCUCGACACCCGCAAAGACUUUGCAACGCGUUACAGUCCGUAAAACUGACGAGGACGGACAGGUCCGUGAAGAAGUGCAAUUUGUGGACGCCAAUGGAAACACCGUUGACGGUGAAGGUACAGCCACCAAUGUUACGACAAGUACUAUGAUCCCUGUACGAUCCAUUGCACGGCAGGUUGUGACACCGAAGAAACUGACGCAACGUACAUUGCGACGUACUGGAUCGCACGGUCAAGUUUACGAACAAGUGCAGUACAUUGAUGUCGAUGGGAAUAUUGUUCGGACGGAAGGUGGAGUUCUUGACAGUAUUUCUAUCUCUUCCGAAAGUGCAAAGACAAGCAAAGUUGUCACCCCCGUCAAAACGACCCGAAGAGUUGUAGUUCGCAAGACAGGAGUGGAUGGUCAGGUUCAGGAAGAAGUGCAGUAUAUGGAUGCGGAUGGCAAUGUUGUUCGAAGUGAGGGAACUACAUUGAUGACGAAAGCUCGAAGUAGCGGACCUGUCUCCAAUGCUGGUCGCACUACAGUGACUCGGAGUAUCGUGUUGUCCGGACAGAACCAAUACGUAGGUAUCGACAGCACUGUGUUUCCAUUGGUUCGAAGGGACGGUAGUAGUGCCACAGAUGGAAACCAUAUUGAUAGGAAUGAUUCGAUGAUUGAAGAAAAAGGUGGUGUUCUUUCGAGCACAAGGAGCUGCUCGGGUAGUGUCAGCAGCGUUACGAGUGAUACCUCCAGUAGGACAUCUUGUCGACGCAUUGUAACUCGUCGGGUGAUGGCAUCGCCAAGCACAGCGCCAGUGGUGCAACGCAACAUUGUGCGCAAAGAUGGCUUCAGACCUGACGCUGCCUACGAAGAAGACGUGCAGUCUAUGGAAUCGGAUGACGGUAGUUUUACUUCCAACAGCGGUAGAGCUGUCACUAGUAAGAAUGGUUUGGAUCGACGGGUUACCACUCGUCGCGUAGUAACCCCGCAUCGUGUGAUUCAGCGCAUGGUUGUUCGUAAAGAUAAUGCUGGAUCAGGCACAGAUGGAUUGAAUAUCGGUGCAGAUUGUGUUCAAAGCGAAGACAACGCUAGCAGCGAUGAAUCGGCGGGUGGAUCCAGUCGUGGUAGAUACCCUAUCUCGAAUCGAAUCAUGGUUUUGAAAGGAACUCAACGAGUUGUCUCUCGUCCAGCAUCUUGUUCCGAUAAGUCACAGAUGAAAGACGACGAUAUAGUUGCCGUGACUGACGCACCACUGAGCGAAAAGCUAGAGACCCAUGUGAUUUUGGGUAUUGAGGAAGGCAAGCCUCCUAUUCCAGUACGCGAGGUAGUUUCUUGCGUUAGCUCACCAGCUGAAAGUGUUGACGUUCCCAGCCCAAAUGUUGAUGAUGGCAGCAAAGAAUUACCAAAGGACAGAGUUGUCGCUGCUGUGGCUGGUGCUACUGCCCUAGCGUCUACGACCUAUGGCGGUAGCAACAUUAUUGAUGACGAGAACAAAAUCAUAGAUGGAGUGCUUGCUGUAUCCUCUGCUCCGGCAGUUGAUGAACUAGCUACGAUGGUCACAAAAGACAUUGCUGAAUGUGAAAAGGACCGAGAGCAGCCUUUUGCUGGUGCUGGAUCCUGGAACAUAUUUGAUGGCACGGAAAAGCUAGGGACUCCAGUAGAAAUAAUGUCUAGUGACGACAAGCAAGCAACCACGUCAGAAACAGUUGUCGCCUCACACAACCAGUAUCCUUUCGAUGCAUCAGAAGCCGACGCGUCCGGUGCUGUUGCUGACUUUGAUCUUCGAACUGAACCUAUGAUGUCUUCAUACCAGGAUACUAACGUUGUUGCUCAAAAUUCAUGUGAUGGCGAUGAAUCGGAAACUUUUGCUGUGAUUUCUGAAGUAUUCAUUCCAUUGCCGACUAUGACACCAUCUGAAGAAAGUAACAGCAUGAUUGCAGAGGUUUCGGGACCUCAAGCAGCAAUGGACUCCGUUUUUUCUCCUUCGUCUCUACGUGGAAAGGAAGUCUAUCAAAAUCCUAGAGUUUCAGGUGCCACAGGAGUGGCAAUUGACGCUAUUGAUUACAAAAUGCCUGAAACUCACAUUGCUGCGGAUUGUGCUACGACAGAGACAGACGCAACAGGCGGUCCUUUUGCAGUAAUGGAAACAGUUGAAGAUGACGGAUUGAACAUGCCAAAGGUUGAACGCAACAUUUGGAAGUUCAGGGGUGCGCGCAGGCCACAAUCUCCUCGUAAUGCAGGAGUGAAGCUCCAUGACGCGGAUACACGUGGGGAUAUACCUGUUACUUGCGGCAUCGAGCCAAAUGACAUGAUUGGAUUACCUGCUGCACACGAACAAGUUGCUGCAGCAGAGUCUGGUGAGGUAGAAAACGCCACACCUGUCGAUAGUGGUUUGGUAUCAGUCUCUCAGCAUUCAGAAGAGCAUACAGGUGCGAAGCACGAAGAUGUCGUAGAAGAGAAGCUUGAGCACGCUGAUAGUUUGUGGGAUGAAUCGAGCAAGAAGGACGAAUCGAAUCAGUUGGCUUCAGUGAUUGUCAGUAAGAAAGUCGGCUGGUCCGCCGAAGAUGAGGAUUACAAGAUGACACCCGACUCGGCUACACAUAACGACAGGACCUCCCCAUUCGAUCAAGAUGAAUGGAUACGUCAUAGCAUACAGUCCGACAGCAUCUCGACAAAUAGUGCUGAUCCUGUGGCCUCGAGUGGAAAGACCAUCCACGACCGCGAACGGCGCACGACCGAGGUCAUUGAUAGCAUUGUGUCUGAUAUUGGUUUCGACGAACACUACGUCGAAAUCGCGAGUCCUCGUCGAAGAUGUGCUUUUGACGAUGAAAGAUUAUGGACUGUCAAGCCUUGUUCAUUGGCGUGGAGCAGAAUUUGCCUAAAGCAAAAGAGCUGGAAGACUUUUUCGAUGACAACGUCAUUGCAAGAUAACGGUGAACUUGUGCUGGACGACGUGAGUGGGUCUGUAAAGGCUGGUGAGUUCUUGGUCAUUACGGGCCCGUCAAAGGACGAAAGUCGCGCUCUGCUUCAUUGUCUUUCCGGGUACGAAGGUGCCAUGAAAGGCGACGUGACGGUCAAUGGCCGUGCGUGGAAUGAAAAGAUGAACCGUUACGUUAGCUACAUCAUGCGGGAAGACUUGUUCUAUGAGACGUUGACCGUGCACGAGCAUUUAAUUACUCAAUCUUACCUUCGUAUGCGUCGUACGCACACGGACGAGAUGUGCUUGGAGCGCGUGGAGUAUGUUAUUGAGGAAAUGGGUCUCUUGGACUGCCGUGACAAGUUGAUUGGAGGUGGUGUUUCGCUAUGUGGAAUUUCCCACGGUGAGCGGAAGCUACUCGCCCUCGCUACAGCUCUAUUGACCAACCCUUCUAUCCUCUUCGUUGAAAACCCCACGGAUGGACUGGACACCUUUAGCGCGGAGAAAAUUGUUGCCAAGCUGCAUUCGCUUUCCUGGGAGAAGGGUUUGACUGUGGUUGUGACGCUACAUCACCCAUCCUCGCACUUUUACGAGCUUUUUGAUAUGCUGUACUUGGUUGCUAAUGCCUCGUGUGUGUAUGAUGGCAAGGCGGCUGAUUGCGUUGCUUAUUUUUCUACGAUCGGAUACCAGUGCCCGGAGUACAUGAGUCCAAUUGACUACUUUAUGCUUCAAAUGGUCGUCGGCGACCGAGAAUCUGAUGGCGAUGGUGUGGCUCGAGUCGAUGCACUAAAGCGUGAAUGGUUUCAAAGUAAUGUUGCAAGGUAUACUGAGAAUGCAGCUUGCGCUGAAGCAAUGUGUGAAGAUUCAGUCGUGAAUGAGUACGACCAGAAUAAUCGCUAUCACCACAUGGGAUGCUGUGGUCAGCUAUGGCUCUUGUGGGCUCGCCACAUUCGUCAACUUUUGCGCUACGGGUUCGUGUUUCAAUGGCACUUGUUGGCUGCGCUUUUGAUUGGUAUUGUGUUUGGACUUGUCUACCUUCAAAUUGACCUCAAUGAUCAGCAUGGAAUCCAGAAUUUUGCUGGUUCUUUCUUCUACGUGGUGGUCGUGCAAAUGCUCUUCGUGGCUUACCGAACAUUUGUGUUCAUGCCCCGAGAGACUGUCGUUGCCUUGCGUGAGCAACAAGAGUAUCGUGGAGGCAGGUACAAUCUGCUGUGCUGGUACUUGACUAAAAUUGUUGCGGAGCUACCGGCCCUCAUUAUCCUUUCAGUCGCACUGUUCGUGCCAAUCUAUUUGCUUGUUGGCAUCGGUCACGGUUUCAAGGUCUAUCUUUACAUGCAAAUUGUGAUUGUUCUUGCUGGAUGGGCUGCAGUUGGUUUGGCGUUCGUAACUCUUGGUCUUUUGCGCCAUGUCACACAUGCUGUCAUCGUGUAUGCCAUACUUAUGGUGCUUUUCGUGGCUUUUGGUGGUCUCUUGAUGAACGUGGCAGAUAUCCCUGACUGGUGUGUAUGGUUGCGCUUCAUCUCACCGAUCAAGUACAGCUACGAAUCCCUGAUGAAGAUCUUUUGGCAGCGUGUUGAAACCAUUGAUUGUGACCGGACCGUGGAAGGCUGCGUCGCCUUUACAGGCGUCGGGGUGCUGGAAUACUAUAGCAUGGAAAAGCGCUCAGCAUUGAAUGAUUCGCUAACUUUGCUCGCCAUUUCCUUAUCUUUCUUCUUCGUAGCGUUUUGGUUCCUCUUGGUGCUGACAAACAAGCGCAUGAAUGGACUACAGUGGCGCCAUGAAUGGGACUCAAAGUGGCCAUUGGGUCAUCGCCGACAGCGCGUCGCUGCUAUUUGUACCGUUCGUGAGAGUGAGGAUCCUGCGCAAAGCAGUACAAAUCUCGUCGAGCAAAACGGCCAACAUAGCUCGUCAGGCUCUGUGGAACGCAGUUUCGUCACCGGGAUGGAAAGCCACUACAUUAGUGUGACGACUCCGCGUGUUGGAAGUCGUGGAAUUUGUAACGCUCCAAGUGUGACUCUCGGUUGGAGAAGCUUGUGGCUGAAGGCACCAGGUGACAAGAAGCUAAAGAGUGACGAUGAAACGGAGUAUUUGCUCAGCGGUGCUAAAGGAUCGGCCUUGUGCGGAGAGCUGCUUUUGAUCACAGGUCCAUCGAAUGACUCGAAUGUGGGACUGUUGAAGACUCUUGGUGGAUUACAGAAGACAAUGAAGGGUAAUGUGAUGCUUAACGGUGUUGUGUCAGCCGCGCACAAGCUUUCAGACCAUAUUGUAUACGUGGCUAGUGAUGAUCUGUUCUUUGAAACGUUGACUGUUGAGGAACAUCUUCGAUUUCAAGCUCAGCUAAUAGUUGGCAAGUCACGCAAUAGCAGCGGUUUGUGCUGUGGAACUGGUACUAGUGAUCUGGAGGCUGAACGAGUGGAAAUGGUUCUUGACGAGUUAGAUUUGGCUUCUAAGCGCCACAUACUUAUCCGAUACCUGUCAGAAGCUGACACAAAGCUGCUUACUUUCGCGACGGCAUUACUGGAUAAUCCUCCAAUCUUGCUAGCUGAGGAACCUACGUCUGGUAUGGACUUUUACGCGUCACAACGCGUUAUUCUGAAGCUACGUCAGCUCGCUCGUGGAGGACGUACAGUCCUGGUGGCAAUGACGCAUCCGUCGUCACAUUUGUACGCACUGUUUGAUACGUUGUAUCUUCUUGCUGGAGGAGGUACAGUUUAUCACGGCAACAUGAGAGAAGCCGUGUCGUAUUUUUCUUCACUUGGAUAUGAAUGUCCACAGUACAUGAGCCCUAUCGACUACUUUAUUCGCCAAGUUUCUGCUAGAAAGAAGAACAAUGAGACGGGUAAUGUUCAGGCUGAACUUUUCAAGGAAGCUUGGUCGACUCGUUGCUUUGGGUUGUGCCUUGCCGACAAUAUUGUCGAAGCCGAAACACAAGAGGAAAAAGUUUCUAGCAGCUCCCGUCUUGGAUGUUGUUCUCAGGUUUCGCUUCUAUUCCGACGGCAUCUUCUCCGUCUUGCACGGUAUCGUGUUGCCUUCGGGUGGCAAUCAUUCUGGAUGAUUGUUGCUAGCGUGAUUUUCGGUCUUGUUUUUCUGCAACUGAACUUGGACGACCAACAAGACAUUCAGAAUUGGUCUGGUGCUUUCUUUUUAAUGAUUCUGUUGCAAAUGCUGGUGAUGGCAUACCGGACGUUUGUUUUUCUGCCACGUGAGAUGGCAAUUAUCCAACGAGAGCACCGCCGUGGAGGUUACUGUCUGAUAAGCUGGUAUAUGACAAAGGUGUUUGCUGAGUUGCCUGCAUUGAUGAUUCUGUCAGUGCUGUUGUUUGCACCUGCAUACUUGCUGAUUGGUAUCGGUCACGGUUUCAAGUUGUACUGUUACAUGCAGCUUGUCAUGUGGUUAGUGGGUUGGAGCGCCUUAGGUUUGGCCAGUCUAUUACUUGAUCUCGUCAGAUGUGUGCGUAUGGCACUGAUCUUGUAUGUUUUGCUCUUGAUCCUUUUUGUGCUAUUCGGGGGUCUCUUGAUGAAUGCUGACGACAUUCCGGACUAUCUCGUUUGGCUUCACUACAUAUCACCGGUCAAAUACGGCUAUGAGGCUCUAAUGAAGCUCUUUUGGGGUCGCAUUGGUUAUCUCGCCUGUAAUGGUACGGACGGCAGUGGAAGUACUGCAUCUGGUUCUGUGGUUGAAGAAGACAUGAACUCGAGUAUGUCGAGUUUUGGGUCGUUCGAGGAUGAGAAUGGCUGCAUUGCCCACUCUGGGAAUGAAGUACUAACUCAUUACAGUAUGGACACAUCUCGUGAUUCUCGCAGCGACAGCUUUAUUUUACUGGAGCUCACGUUGUUAUACUUCAUCAUUGGUUACGUCUUCCUCUCACUACGUUGGGAUCGACACAAGGUAAAGCCGCAGCGGCAAUCGUAA